GGUUGAGGGCCUCGUCACCAGCCGCUGCCAUUGGCCGAGCUGCCGGAGAGGGGCGCUCGCAGUUGUCGCUGGGGUCUGGCCUUGGCCGCGGCGGUUGGAGCGGUGGAGCCGGCGCGCCAGAGCAACCAUGCAGCAACGGGCGCGGCGGGCGCGGGGGGCCCGGGGACCUGCGGGGAUGCGUCUGAUGCUUUGCUUCCUGCUGUUGAGCAGCUGCCCUGGGGGCUGGGACGCCAUUAGUCCCCACGGCUGUCUCUUUGCCCGAAGACUCUGCUCUUACCUGGAAGUCUGUGCCAAGGAGGGACAGCCCCAGGUGGGCAUGCAGCCACCCAGGUCCCGGCAAGGAGUUGUCAAGCUGGUCUUCCGAUACUGGCAAGAUGUGCUUCAGUGGCUCAUGCCUCAAGGACUGUUCUGGAAGGAUGAUGUCACUCAAGAUGUAAAGACCCAGAAGAUGGAGCACAUGCCCAGGCUCCACGCCUCAGAGACCUACAUGAGGGAUGGGUAGACAGCCUUUCCCACCAAAACCACCACGCUGAGAGCCCAGUGACCAAGGUGAACAAGGAACAAUGCUUGAACUCUAGAAUGGUUUCGACGUCCUGAACCAAGCAAGAGAUGACCAACCACAGCAAGGCCCCACUGCAGGUGAGGGCCUGCCCUUGUCCAGGAAUGCUGAGCCCACCAAGGGCCUGUUUAAAGAGGGAGACAGGGUGAAGGAGGGGAUAGACAUUGGUUGGUAAGGAAUGAUUUCACUGAGACGGAUGGAGAACCUUCUGGAAGAGAGGGCCUGGAGGAUGGAAAAGAACAGAACCAGCCCAAUCUUCACCCUGCCACUGCCCAGCCGUGACCUUGGACACAUUACCUAGGCUCUUCAAGUCCCUUCUUCCACAUCUGUAAAAUGGGAAUGGUAAUAAAGACGACCCUUCUGGUGUUGCUGUGUGGAUCAAAGACAAUAUAUGAAAAAUGCCAGCGGUUGCUGGAUUGAGGGGAAAUUCUCCCUUUGCCCACUGGAGGGCGCCCCCACUUUCUCUCUCACAGACCGCUUUUCAAGGAUUUCAGCAAGGGGCUGGGGGCCUGCAGUGGACUCUUGCUUUGUAAGAUCAAGCACAGUCACAGAGCUUGAAGGGCCUGCAGAAAUCUACUUGAGAGGUUUCACAACUUAAAAAAUAUAUAUGGGCUCCCUGGUUUUCUAAGAAAAUCUUGCGUAUGACAUGACUCUAAAUCCUCACCUUGCCCAUCCAUCCAUAGCCGUGUAUCUGUAUACAUUUCUCCCUCUCUCUCUCUUCCAGUAUACACACACACACACACACACACACACACACACACACACACACAUUUAUACAUACACAUAUAAACAUAGAUAUGAAGAUCCUUAAAUGGGAGAGGAGUACCCAGAGUGCCUCACUUUCAGCCUCCCCCUUGCUCUUCUCAGUGGUGUGGAGGAAGUCACCUGGGAAGGUUCUCGGGCAUCCCCUUGGACCCUUGAGCUCUCUGGAGCCCAGGUAGAAAACUGCCCACCUCUUAGUUAUCCAUCCAUCUUUACAGCUGAGAAACUGAGUGGGCAGGCAUAGAGCAGGGCCAGACCAGGUCCCCCCACCAACCUUCCCCCACUGCAGCCCCACCCUUCCUCUCCGGGGCCCCCAUAGAGGUUGGGCUGCUUGACACAUCAGACUUCUCCACACUGAGGAUAGCCUGAGGAGGUGACAUUAGAACUUUGACCUAAAAGACAUCCUGGAAGCAGCCGGGGGAAGAUCUGGAGGAAGAAUCCCCAAGGCAGAGAGAAUUACAAAUACAACUGCCCUCAGGUGAGAUUGCAGGACUCCUUAGGAGAACAAACAGAAAGGCUUAUGGUAGCAGAACAGGCCCAGGACUACUCAGGUCUAUAGACGGGUUUGGGUUUUGUUCAAAGUGUAGUGGGAAAUCAUCAGCAAGAGAAAGGCGAUAUGAUUAACAUUCUAUAAAGACAUAGUGACACUGCUGGAAAAUGGAUUAUAAAAUGGACAAGAGUAGAACCAAGUAGAACUGUCUGGGGCUACUGAGUUGUCCAGGUGGGAUCUGGUGGUACCUUAGACGAAGAUCGGGGCAGCGUUGCUGGGAACCUCUUAGCUGGACUCCAUCCAGAGGCAGCCUGCACCUCAGAAGUGCUCUAGCCUUUUACCCCUUUCAAAAAAACUGGUCCCCAUCUCUGUCACCAUGGCAGCCAGGCUUCCUUAGCUUGGAUUGGUUGCUGGACCGCAUCGUUGGUCCUGUGACUGACCCUGUGAUGGGGACUGGUUGCCAUGGUUCUAUCAAGUGUGCAAACAAGGAACUGCCAUUCUCCUUCAGGCUCAGGGGACCAACCAGCCCUGUGUCUAAUGGAAAAUCCCUUGAAGGAGAUAGAAUUAGAGAUAGGGACCAGGGAAAGGCCUGUAGUCUGACAGUGCCUGAGUCCCUUGUCUCAAGGCUUAUUCACAUUAAGACUGCUAUGGAGACUUGCUCUGAAUUUGGUGGGGAGGGAUGGGGACGGAAGUCAGUGUAUUCAUUAAAAAUUCCUUGUUUCUUCCCAUUUUAGGAUGUCUUUGAGCUAUUCCCUAGUCUGAGUCACAAGUCACAACCUCGCAGCUGAUUAAGACCUGAGGGGGAAACCUUCCAUCCCCCACACCUUCCUGGUGCUCUCAAGAAGGGCAAUUUCAGGGGGCACCUGGGCGGCUCAGUCAGUUAAGCCCCUGACUCUUGGUUUCAGCUCAGGCCAUGAUCUCAUGGUUCGUGGGUUUGAGCCCCAUGUUGGGCUCUGUGCUGACAGUGUGGAGCCUGCUUGGGAUUCUCUCUCUCCCUUUCUCUCUGCCCCUGCCCUGCUCAUGCUGUCUCUCUC